AUGACACUGUGGGGGCUCAUCAUCCAGGAUCCCCAUAACACCCAGGAACCAAGAAGACCCCUGGGAGCUGCCGCUGUGGGCCCUAAGGACCCAGUGGCUGCGGAGGGGGAUGCCCCAGAACCACAGGCUGCGACCCUGGAGGAUGCUCCAAGGGAAGGACCAGGAUCGCACCCGGACCAACAGCCGUACAUCACGGUAUGGGAGGAUCUGGCACGGUCUCCACCUGAAUGGGUCGGGCCAUUCCUUCCUCCUCACCGUCCUGCCUCCAAGAUCCUGGCUGUCCGGGAAGGUGCUGCAGACGAGAAACCGAAACCACAGCCGAAAGAAGAUAGAGGAUGCAGCGUUUUGCCAGCGCCCAUCCCAAAGAUUUACCCUGAGAUAGAAGGACCCCCUGAGUGGCCCACUCCCCCACCCUCACCUAAUCCUCGAGUCCCGCCACCAGAACCCCAACCCUCAGCUCUGCCAGCCCCCCUCCAGCUCCAGCUCCUGAAGCCGGAGAAAGGGAGGGCCCUUUCACAGGAACAAGAAGUCGGCGAAGAGCCACCCCUGAGGGACCAGCUGACUCCACGGUGGCACUUCCCCUUAGGGCUGUCGGUGCACCCCCAAACCCAAAUGACCAGAACAGCUUGCAGCUUUUACAAUAAUCCAUCGGGGCUUACAGGUCUAAUAGAGUCUCUGAGGUAUUCUCAUCAGCCCACCUGAGAUGAUUGCCAGCAGCUUUUACAGACCUUGUUUACCACUGAGGAGAAAGAGAGGAUCCUUCUUGAGGCCCAGAAGAAUGUCCGAGACCAUGCCAGACACCCUGUCCAGACCCCUGAGAGGAUAGAUGAAGGAAUCCCCUUGUCGGGCCCUCAAUGGGAUUAUAACAUGGCGCAAGGUAGGGAACGGCUGUCCAGUUACCGUCGGGAUCUAGUGGCGGGUCUCAGAGUUGCCCCACAAAGGCCCACAAAUUUGGCUAAGGUAAGAGAGGUCAUGCAGGGGUCGACUAAACCCCCUUCAGUUUUUUUGGAGAGGCUCAUGGAGGCAUACAGAAGAUAUACCCCCUUCGACCCUACGUCUGAAGGGCAGCGAGCUUCUGUAAUCAUGGCUUUUAUUGGACAGUCGGCCCCUGACAUUAGAAAGAAAUUGCAACAGAUUGAGGGACUGCAGGAUUAUACAAUAAGGGAUGUGGCUAGAGCGUCUGAGAAAGUGUAUCUCAAAAGGGAGACAGAGGAAGAGAAGCAAGAACGAGAAAAGAGAGAGAGGAGAGAGGAUGAGGAUAGGAGAGAGAAAAGGCAAGAGAAGAGUCUGACUAGGAUACUGGCCACAGUAGUAGACAGGGAUAGGAGAGACAGGAACAGACAGCUAGGGAACCUGGGAAGCGGGAGCCCCUUGGAGAAAGAUCAAUGUGCACACCGUAGAGGAAAAGGACACUGGGCCCAUGAGUUCCCCAAGAAGAAGGUAUUGUCCCUCGAGAAUGAUGAAGACUAGGGGAGACGGGGCUUGGCUCCCCUCCCCGAGUCUAGGAUAACCCUGCAAGCGGAGGUGACUCCCACAAGUUUCUUGAUCAAUACAGGUGCAGAAUACUCGGUACUGAAAACUCCUUUGGGUAAGGUCAAAAAUGAAACGACGCUGGUAAUCAGGACCAUGGAACAGAAACCCUACCCGUGGACCACCUCUCCGAUGGUAGACUUAGUAGACGGAAGAAUGGUAACCCCCUCAUUUCUAGUCAUUCCUGAGUGCCCUAUACCCCUACUAGGAAGGGAUUUGCUGACUAAAUUAAAGGCACAAAUAGCUUUCACCCCCUCCGGACCAGAAUUGUCCUGGGGAACUGCACCUCCCCAGGCUCUGGGAGUAUCUUUGCAAUUAGGAGAAGAAUACCAGAUUUAUCAGAAAAAGACUGCCACCCCUGAGGGGCUGAAAGACUGGCUCACCCGGUUUCCCCUGGCUUGGGCUGAAACAGGAGGAAUGGGAAUGGCAAAACAGGCCCCUCCAGUAGUGGUAGAGCUCAAGUCUGGAGCCACCCCCAUUAGGAUCCGACAGUACCCAAUGGAGAAGGAAGCUCGGGAAGGGAUACGCCCUCACAUUGACCGGCUAAUCCAAGAGGGGAUCCUGGUCCCCUGUCAAUCCACGUGGAACACCCCCCCUCUUCCAGUAAAGAAACCGGGGAUGGGUGAUUAUCGUCCUGUGCAAGACCUUAGAGAGGUUAACAAAAGGAUACAGGACAUACACCCCACCGUUCCAAACCCCUAUAAUCUGCUCAGCACGCUGCCGCCUGAACGAGUCUGGUAUACGGUGUUAGAUCUUAAAGAUGCCUUCUUUUGUCUGAGAUUGCACCCUAACAGUCAGCCCCUGUUCACCUUUGAAUGGUGGGAUCCUGAGAGUGGCAGGACAGGACAGCUCACCCGGACAAGGUUACCCCAAGGGUUCAAAAAUUCUCCCACCCUGUUUGACAAGGCCUUACAUCGGGACUUGGCUCCUUUUCCAGCCAGCAAUCCACAGGCGACCCUCUUGCAAUUCAUAGAUGGUCUUCUCCUUGCGACAGAGACACGCGAAGAAUGCGAGCGUGGAACACAGAAUCUCCUGGCUGAGCUAAGUGAGUUGGGGUACCGGGUCUCGGCUAAAAAGGCACAGGUGUGCCAGACUGAGGUGACCUAUUUGGGAUAUACCCUGAAGAAUGGACAGCGAUGGCUCACGGAAGCCAGAAAACGGACAGUGACACAGAUCCCGACCCCAACCACCUCUGGCCAGGUAAGAGAAUUCCUGGGAACAGCAGGAUUCUGCAGACUCUGGAUCCCAGGGUUUGCCACCAUGGUGGCCCCUUUAUACCCCUUGACAAGAGAAAAGGGGGAAUUUAUUUGGACUAAGGAACACCAAUUGGCCUUUGAAACACUCAAAAAGGCACUGCUGCAGGCCCCCGCCCUAGCACUACCUGACCUGAAGAAACCCUUUACCCUGUACAUCGAUGAGAGAAAUGGAGUGGCAAGGCGGGUCCUCACCCAGACAUUGGGACCUUGGAAGCGCCCUGUAGCCUACCUGUCAAAGAAAUUAGACCCAGUAGCCAGCGGAUGGCCCUCGUGUCUACGGGCAAUUGCAGCUACUGCAGUGCUAGUAAAAGAUGCUGAUAAACUGACUAUGGGCCAGAAUGUGACCAUAGUGGCCCCGCAUGCCCUUGAAAGUAUCAUCCGGCAGCCCCCAGACCGCUGGAUAACUAAUGCCAGAAUGACCCACUGCCAGAGUUUAUUGCUGACUGAGCGGGUGACCUUUGCUCCACCUGCUAUUCUCAACCCUGCCACCUUACUGCCUGAAGCUGACGAAGCCCCUGUACAUCACUGUGGGGAUAUACUGGCUGAGGAAGCCGAGACCCUGUCAGACUUAAGUGAUCAACCCUGGCCUGGGGCAAUGACUUAGUUUACCGAUAGAAACAGCUUCGUGGUAAAAGGUAAGCGCAGGGCUAGAGCAGCGGUAGUAGAUAAGAAGUCUGUCAUAUGGGCCAGUAGCUUACCAGAAGGAACAUCAGCCCAAAAAGCAGAGCUCAUUGCCCUAACCCAGGCUUUGAGGCUGGCAGAAGGAAAAGCUGUCAAUAUCUACACUGACAGCUGAUACACCUUUGCAAUCGCUCACAUUCAUGGGGCAAUAUACCGACAGCGCAGAUUAUUAACUUCCGCUAGAAAAGAGAUCAAAAAUAAAGAAGAAAUUCUCAGUCCGCUAGAAGCUGUUCAUUUGCCCCGCAAGGUGGCAAUCAUUCACUGUCCAGGACAUCAGAGGGGAACUGGGCCAAUAGAAAGUAGAAAUCAAAUGGCAGACCGGGUGGCAAAAGAUGCAGCACAAGGACCACAAAUAUUGACAAUUAGAGCCUCAUCACAAACUGCCGAGGAGACCUGAAAAAUGACUCUCACAAGAGAAGAGGGGCUAGAAUAUUUACCUAACAUACACCGUCUCACCCACCUGGGAGAGAAAAAAAUGGUAAAACUGAUUGGUAAGUCCCCUUAUCAUAUUCCGCAGCUUCAAAAGAUGAUAGAAGACCUAGUAAAGAAUUGUCAAGCUUACGCACUCACUAACGCAGUGCCGAAUAAGACCCAUUGCGGAAAACGUUUAAGGGGGGAUAGACCAGGGACCUAUUGGGAAGUUGAUUUUGCUGAGGUAAAACCAGCAAGGUACGGAAAUAAAUACCUUCUAGUUUUUAUAGACACUUUCUCAGGGUGGGCAGAAGCAUUUUCUACCAAGAGAGAGACAGCUAACAUGGUGGCCAAGAAUACUUGAAGAAAUUUUUCCCCAUUUUGGAAUACCUAA